ACUUUUUGAGGACGCGAAGUGUACUAUCCCCCUUGUGAGCCCCGUACACCGGGUGUUUUUGCACGAGAAGCUUCGUAUUUACGUUCGCUUCCGACCGAGUGAACGUUCAUGGCGGCAUACAAGUCGGCUUGUGACUGCCGGCAUUCUUGUUGAGGCCAUUGCUUCUGACAUGGGCCGUGAGACACAGGGCUGCUAUAGCGUUUUGGCACAGACCACACUGCGUCUUUCAGCGCAUGUCGGCAGUGGAGAAGUGCUGCUGCGGGAGAACUUCAUUGACCUCGGUGCCGUUCCACCGCACUGCCGCCUCGCACACACGAGUUUCACUCUUAGCAAUCCAUCGGACCGCUUCGAGGUACGGUUGCGGGUGAUGGCGAGUCUAACGCUCACACAGGUGGAGACGCCCGAGGUGAAACUUUCGCCGGGGGCCGAGGUGCAGGUGCCGGUCUCCCUGCAACUUGCCACUCCCGGGCUUCUGCAGGAGUCACUCACAGUGUUUAAUUUGAGUUGCAGGCAGAAGCCUCUGCCGAUUGGGCUCUCCAUACUGCGACUUGAUGAGGCGAUAUCCGCCACGGUUUCAGAGAAGGGAGAUGAGCUACAGAAGCAGCAACAGCAAAAAGCAGAGGAACAGUGCGCGGCUAGAAGGCUGAGAGAGGUCCCCAUGCAGCCGCAUCUCCAAAGUAACGAUGAGGCGGUUGUUGUGGUACUUCCCACGGCUGCCGUCGUGCUCGGUGAGGACGCCGUGCUGCGCUUACACGGCCCCGUAACGGCCACCACGAUGCAUAUGACAAAUCACAGCACACGGGACAUAAUCCUUGUUGCGAAGGGCACUGCACCACUUGUACUUGGUCUUCCACGGUCCUCCUCACCUGUGGAGGAGGUGGCGUCACCUUCGACGUUAACAUCGCAUGUGUACUCACGUGGUCGCGUGCGUUUGGAUGCACGUCAGACGCAGGCUGUUACGUGGACACUGACAUCACUGCCAAAUCUGACAGUGCAACAGAUUCAAUGCAUUCUGCGACACGAGGUACUGACAAUUGAGCAAACGGCACAAGUGUACGUGGCGCAGGUUGUUGACGAGGUCGUGGGAUUUAACUACAACGCCAUGCUUUUUCCCAUGAAGCGAUCGUUGCCAGCCGUGGGACAGUGUGUGCUACUGCCGAGGUUUUGUCUCACAUUUGCGAUGAGUGAGGGGCGUGUGGAGACACCGCUCAUUGAUCUUGGCGUUGUGAGCAUUGGAAGGAGCAACUCCACCAGUGAUACCGACACUACCGCUCCAAACGAGGGGGAUACGGACCACCACCAUCACCACUCAGGGCACGGAACACCAAAAAGAGCCAGAAACAGCGCCGCCGCCGCCGCUGCUGCCGCCACCACCACCACCGUGAAUUCCAAUCCCGCGCGGUGGAAAUUCUGCGGUCAUCGUGGCAGCGGCACACAAGUGGUUAUACAUUUGACAAAUCUUUCACCCAUCCUGCCGCUAUGUCUUAGCAUUGAGUGCGAGCCAACAGUGCGCUUUGCCAGCAAUCAUAUUGUCGUGCCACCACUGCAGACCCACUCGGUGGAGGCGUUCCUCGUGGUGAAACUCAUUCGGACCCAGGGACCAUUUCGCUUUGCUGUUUAUUUUGUGAAUGAGCUCAACCCCGAGAAUGACAUGGUUGCGUAUGUGACAGGACAGUACUAUUGGAAGGCGUUUGACCUUUCUUGUGAUGGGGUGAUGAAUGUCGCACAGGAAUCCCUUUCUAUGGAGGCAUUGCGUGUGACGGAGACCUCUACCACCACCGAUAUUCUCUCCGAGAGUAAAAUUGUCAUGACGGCGGUUGAGCCGAAUGUUGAGGUGGUUCUGGGCGUGACUGAGAACCCCAAACUGGAGGGGCUUAUUCAGCUGCAGGUGUUACAGUACGACGCCGCAGCGCCGCUGCAGAAAAUUGUUUUUGGGCAAACGAAACACGCUUCGGCGAACAAGGCCGGUUCCCUACCUCCCCUUGUCCUCAACAACAUCAACAAAAUGACCAGUACUAACAUCAACAACAACAGUUUUGGUGGUCCGGGCGUAGUGAGUACGACGGACGCCGGGGUGAUCUCCAGCACGCCAUUUUCAGCCGCUGCCAUUGCGGCAGCAGCAUCGGCUGUUAAUUCCAUACAGGCGGUGGGAGUGGUAUG